AUGAAUGGGCACUAUUCCCCAGCAUUUGUUUUCAUUUCUCUAAAAUCAGGCCUAGUCGUCCUAUAUAGUCUUAGACUGAAGGUGGACGUAAAUGAAAUCAAUCAAUCAAUCAAUCAAUCAAUCGAAGUGUUGACGCUUGGUGAUGAGGUCUUCACAGUAGCAGGGCUAGUUUCGUCAUUGAACUUGGGAGCUAUUGAGCCAUUCACCGCGCCAACUCCAGACAUUACUCUAUUCAAACCGCAUGCUAUAUUUUCUCCCGGCUUAAUCGCUACUGAGACCAAUGGUCAGCCCAUUCAAGCAAUAGCCCGCUGUGGUAGCGAAGACGAAUCUGCUGUUGACAUACCUACCUUUACUACUCUGUCACCGGGUAAGCUCCCAGUCUCCUCCCAAAACUCUCUUGCGACAAUCACAGCACGCCAGGAUAUUGCGACUCUUACCCUCGCUGGUUGUGGUACUGCACCUGGUGGUUUGAUCACGUGUGCUCAAACUACAUUCAGCAACUGCGUUAGUUCAGCGGGUGAACAGACAUGCAAUGGGCAGAUUCCUUUGCCUACUUCCACUACUAAUGAAGUUCAAUCGUUCCUCCGGAUUGUUCCGACCACCCUGCAAAGAGAAGGAGAUAUUAUAACCACAAAUCUGGUCUCAGGCUUGUUUCGCACGACUCUUCAAGCUCGCGCAUCUCAUACGACAGUGAUUCCUAAUGCUUCUCAUGAGGACUUCAAUAGUGAUGAUAAGUAG